AUUUCUAUAAGCUCAUUCUUUGAUCACGUUUAAAAAGAGGACUUGUCGCUUAACGCGUCCAAAAUGGCGGUUCAGAUAGAUUUUAAACCUAAUCGUGAUCUUUUAGAUCCAAAAUUUGAAAGUUACAGAUUGUCUUUGGAUCCAUUGCCAGUGCUUAAACAGCAGUUAAGCGGGGGUGUAGAAAGUGUUGACUUAGGAGAUGAUCAGUAUGGAUACUUGCAUGUCCGAAUGGCGGGUAUUGUUAAUCACCUGUUUCAAGAUUCUUGGGCUCCAGAGUGUGUAUUUUUUGCAAGUGAAGCACAUCAUGUAUUUUGGGUGAAGCUUUCACAGGAUGGAAAACUUACCAAACCACGAAUUGUUUGGCAACUACCAUCAGAUUCUAGUAGACCAAAUGCAAAUACAACUAUAAGCUUUCCUUGUGCAGACUGGACAGUAGUCAGUGAUGGAGCAGGAGGAAUAUAUCUUCUCAGCACUCCUAGCCGCACAGAAGGUGAACCCUGGCAGUUGUGUCAUACUUACCACGUAGAGAGCUGCUAUCCACCUUGCCACCUGCUUCAUAGUGUACACUAUAAUUUUCCUUCUAGUCACCAAGUAGAGUGUUUACUAGCACAUAUUUCUAGACCUCAAGAUGUGGAAGGAAACUUGAAGCUUUCAGAAACAACCAUGCAUUUUGUUUGUGUGUUAGAGUGGAUAUCAUUUUCUUCAGCAGUUGGAAGUGAAACUGUUUCGUGGAAUAUUAAACGUCAACGUCGUUUAGUGGGAGGUUCUUUUCCAAAUUAUGCUGCCAUUGAUCCAGCUGGUGGUGCUUUGUGCUUAGCUUCAGAAAGGGAAUUUAGUUUCAUCUAUGAUUCUCAGAAACAGAAUGACAAGGAUGAAGUGGAAAAAGUUGGAGAUCUGAAACCAUCUACACCCCCUCUUUACACGUACAUUCAGUCCUUAGAAGACAUUACUGUAGUAUUUAAGAUACCAGAAACCAUCACCAAGGGUGAUAUCGAAGUUGAUUUUCAUCUUUCUAGCAUGGAGGUCAAAAUUAGAGGAAAAGUAGUUUUACAAGGGUUACUGUGGAAUAAUAUUGAUGUUGAAGCAAGUACUUGGACUGUUGAAGAAACAAAAUUGGAAGUUAUUCUAACAAAAAAGGAAACAGGCUUGGUUUGGCAAGAAUUAGUCAAAGGAGAUAGUCGUGGUGAAGAAGUGUUGGAUCCGGCAUUAGUGGAAGAAAUUCAUAACCGUCUUGCUCAUCUAACAUCUGAAAAUGAGCUGAUUGAUGGUUCUGCUAAACCAGCGUACAAUCCUCAUCAGCUGGAAGAAUGUGAUGUUUCCUCAGAGUUUUUUAUGUUCUUGAGAUUAGAGGGAGACAGCCACCAUGUGACUCAUCAGAGCAAUAUUGGAGGUCAUCAGUGGCUUUUCCAGUCUAUGGUUUCACCAGAGAAGUUACCAACAUUAUGUUUACGUCAUGAUGUUGAUGGGCUUUUAUGGCAACCAAAAAAUGUACUAAGUGAAGAUGAACCAGAACAGUUCCGUGUUGAGCACAUAGCUACUUUCCCGGCUCUUGGUUUUGUGCAAGCUUCCAAACAAGAUCGGAAAUACAUAGUUGGAAGCCCCGACUUUUCUUAUGCAGUUCUUAGUGAUAACACUCGCCAUAUCUAUAUUUACAGACAACCAGAAUCUUUGAAUGCUGCUAUAGAACUAAGGAAUCGUAAAACAGGUCAGGAGGUAUCUAGCAUUGCGAAGCAGCAUGUUGUGAACUUGGAACAAUGUGAUGCAAUUUUGGGCUUACAAGCUUGUAAACAUUGCAUUUUUGUUUUAAGCAAAUAUGUCCUUUUUGCUAUUAAAAUAAAUGAAAGUUGAAAAACAAGCCUGUAUAACCAUUUGCGAAGUAAUAAAAGUGGAUUUUGAAAAAGAAAA